UAUCUUUUUCAGGGUAAUAAAAACGUUCGAUGAGUUUGUUAGCCAUGUCGGUUGGAAUCAAGCAAAAUGAGCUAGUCAACAAAGUUAUACAAAAGGUUUUAAUUGUCUUGUCUCUUUCUCUUAGAGCAUCAUUGUUGGGGUAUGGUAGUGUGAUAUGUUAGUAAUUAAAGCAUUUAAAAUAAAUGAAAAAGACUAAAAUACGUCCCGAACGUUUGUUAAUUAAGAGAUUUUUUGUGUCGUUUGUUAACGACACGCGUCAGGAGGGGAGAAGUUAGUGUGAGCAGUGUAGGUUACGACAUUUUUCUUCGAUUCCAAUCACUUUCUUCUCUUCUUCUCUUCUUAUCUUCUUCUCUCUUCAGGUCGAUAUGAUUCGGCGGUGGUUUUGGGCGGAUUUGUGAAGCUAAAUCGAUCAGUCCUCACGGUUCACCGGCGAUUGCUACCACAAGCAAGAAGGAAUCGAAACGAGUCUCCAUUACUCAGGUCAUUCGUGACGGAUCUCCGCUAAUUGCAGCUCAAACCGAGACAACCUCUUUUCUUUCCUUCACACCUCGCCGAGAACCGCUUAAACUAACCAUGGGACAAGACUAUAGCUACACACAACCCUCGGAGUCAGCGGAUUAUGGUUUAGGGAACUCAGUCGACAGUGUCUUUAGCGAAACGAAAGAUCUUAUCCACCGGGACCAAGCUGAGAUAAGCGCAAACAAUGCUCGUGCGGCUGCUCAAUACCCUCCUCAACCCGAGGUUGAGUUUGGCUUUCCACAGACAUGCUACUGUGGUCGGAAGCCUCAUCUUGCAACAUCGAAGAGUAUGAAUGAUCUAGGUAGAAGAUACUACACAUGUGAGAGUGUGAAUGAUGGAGAGUGCCAUGUUUGGAAAUGGUGGGAUGUGGCGCUUAUGGAGGAGAUGAGAGCUCGGGAUGUACACGUCCUUCAACUGGCUGAAAAGGUGGAUAAUCUUAGCCUUUUGACUGACUAUGAGACUGAGCAGAAAGUGAUCAGGCUAGAGAAGCUUGUGUCUGAUUUAGGUAAGGAGAAAUCAAGGUUUGGCAAUGGGUUUGAAGGCUUUGUAGGUGUGGCGGUUAUUGUUUUAGUUUCUAUAUGUAUGCUCCUCAUGUUUAAGUAAAUGAAGACAUGAGGAGAAGCUAGUGUCUGAUAUGUAGCUCCUUAUGGUUAUUGUAUGCACGUUAUGGAAAUGAACCACUUUGUAUGCUAUGCACGUUAUGAUUAGUGUCUGAUAUGUAUGCUCCUUAUGCUUUAUAAUGAACCUUUUGUAAUCAACCUUUUCUAAUGUUUCUGAAUUUAUUA